ACCAGAGUGCUAACUGCUGCCGGAGACCUGACGUGACUGAUGGAGGAGGAGGCCCGGUGCUUCCUGAGCAGGUUUGUGGAGGAGUUCCCUGCUGCUCUGGAGGACGAUCAUCCGUUGCCCGUUAAUCCUCUGAGCCGCAAAGUGUCCCUGGAGGAGCUGCAUGGAGAGAGUCUGGACCUCGGGCUGAGGCUGCUCUCUGCCAGGGCUGCUCCAUCAAGCCUCAGUGCCCUCUUGUGCCAAGCAGCUCUGUCCCAACUUCUGAAGGAUGACCUGUCAUCUUUCCACUGUCCCUGUGAAGCCGAGGUCAACCAGGAAGAGGAAGAGAAAGAUGGAGUGCAGCGUGCCUACUAUGCUGUAUUUGACGGCCACGGAGGAUUGGAUGCUGCCGUCUACGCUGCAACUCAUCUUCAUGUUGCACUGAGUAAACAGGAGAUGCUGCAGAGUGACUCUGCAACAGCUUUCAAAAGUGCCUUCAAACAAGUAGAUGACAUGUUCAGGGGCAAAGCCAAGAGAGAGUGUCUGAGGAGUGGUAGUACAGGAGUGGCAGUGUUGAUUCAAGGACAGGAGUUGACUGUGGCUUGGCUCGGAGACUCCCAAGCAUUACUGGUCAGAAGAGGGGAAGUUGUUACACUCAUGGACCCCCAUAAACCAGAGAGAGAGGAUGAGAAGCAGAGAAUUGAAGAUCUCGGGGGCUGUAUUGCCUACAUGGGCUGCUGGCGUGUUAAUGGCACCUAUGCUGUUUCUAGAGCAAUUGGUGACUUUGACCAGAAGCCGUAUGUGUCCGGCGAUGCAGACUGUUCAACAAUCCAGCUGUUGGGGGAUGAGGACUACGUGCUGCUGGCGUGUGAUGGCUUCUUUGAUGCAAUCAGACCUUCAGAGGUUCCAUGUAUGGUUGUGGAAGCACUCCAGCAGACUGGUGCCCCUGAAGAGGGACAUGUUCCACAAGAGCUCUUUAAGGAAGGUGUGGGACAGAACGUGGCUCAGAGAUUGGUGGGUGAGGCCAAGGCCGCAGGUUCUAGUGAUAACAUCACUGUGAUGGUGGUGUUCCUCCGUCCACCGGAUCAGCUGAUCGUUCAGCACUGCACCACAGGAACUGUAGAAGAUUCUCCACAACAUCCUGCUGCCCAGGUACCAAGGAACCAACCGUAGGUGUGACAUAUUAUCUGUGAGGCUGUCUGACGUCCUGGGCACUGAUGAGGGCUCACACGAGAACACGGUUGAAUGCAGAGUAAGAACUGAUUCAGGUCACAUCUGAGAAUAAAUGAAAAAGUUUAAUGGAUGUUGGAGAGCCCCUCUCAACUCUCUGCAACUCCUCAAACUGGAAAAUUCCCCCCAGUGUCUGCUAAUAAUCACAGAUGUAACGAAUGAGGGGUCGCAGAGGCAGUCUGAUGGGUGGAGUGUGUUUAGGUGGGAUUUAUUCAACUUGUGUCUUUGCACACACACACACACACACACACACACACACACACACACACACACACUCCCUCUUCUGAUUUCUAACUUGCAUGUGAUCACAUCUAACUGCACAGCUUCAGUCCAUUUUGCCGUGCACCACCACUGCAGCCUCGGAGCUCACUUGAACCUGGACAGAGCUGGUUAGUUUUAUCAGCAGCACAGAUCUGGCAAAUUAAUUU